ACUGCCGGCCAGCUGAUCGCCGCGUGCGGUUUUCUUUUCCUUGUGGAUUUUCCUUAUUUGGCUGUUGUUGUUUUGGGCCGCCGGUACCGCUUUGCACUCCGUCUCUGUCGCACUCUCUCUCUCUCUCUCACCUAGGGCACCUCUCCUCUCUCCCACCAUGGGCAAGAACAACAAGCGCAACAAGAAGGCCAAGCCGCAGCAACAGCAAUCCGGAGCACCUGCAUCCUCAUCCGGAUCGCAGGAUAAGGAUUCUACGGAGGAUCCAGCGGCGGCAAGCUUAUUGCCAACUUUGAUACCCAAAAAGCGAAACCAACUGAACAAGCUAGUUAGCGAACUGGUCGAUCUGGUGGAGCAGCAGCCGGCGAAUCCCAACGAGGAGUGGCGGCAGUACGAGCAGCUCCAGCAGCUCCUCACACAAAUCAUGACCCUGGAGGAGCCACUCAGCAAGGUGGUCUGCCAACAGGUCAACGACUCCGCGGACGAUCAAAGUCGCCUGGCCAAAGUCGAAGCCUUCAGUUCGUGGGCCAAAAACGGAGGAGUCCACAGCGAGGGACUGGAGAUUGCUAUCUUUCCGGGCUACCAACUGGGACUACGGGCCACCCGCCAACUGGAAAAGGAGGAACUGGUGCUCAGUGUGCCCCGCGCCCUCAUCUUCUCCGAGGAGAGCAAAUCCAAUUGCCGGUUGUUUGGCAACAUGCAGCAGGCCACCCACUUGAAUCUGGCCCACGAUCUGGUCAUCGAGAAGAUCCGCGGCGAGGCCAGCGAUUGGCGACCCUACAUCGAUGUCCUGCCCGCCAAAUACAACACCGUGCUGUACUUCAGCACCAAGCAGAUGCAGCGCCUCCGUGGCACCGCCGCCUGUUCCAUGGCGCUGCGCCAGUGCCGCGUGAUUGCCAAGCAGUACGCCUUCCUCUACAGGGACGCCCACAUCCUGGGCAACCGCACCGGCAAUGACAACCGUUGCUUCUUCCUUACCAAGCGCGGACUCUGCUACCAGCUUUACAGAUGGGCCGUUUCCACGGUAAUGACCCGCCAAAAUCUGGUGCCCAGCGAAAGCGAGGGCAGCCCCAAGUUUAUCUCGGCCCUGAUUCCCUACUGGGAUAUGGCCAACCACAGGCCGGGCAAGAUCACCUCCUUCUACGGCUCCUUUUCCAGGCAACUGGAGUGCACCGCCCAGGAGGCGUGUGCCGCCGGAGAGCAGUUCUUCAUCUACUACGGCGAUCGGUCCAAUACCGAUCUUCUGGUGCACAAUGGCUUUGUGGACGUGAACAACCUGAAGGACUACGUUAAUAUCCGCGUGGGCCUGAGUCCCACGGACGCACUUGCCGCGAAGAGGGCUAGUAUUCUGGACAAGCUAAGCAUCCGUCACAAUGCAGAGCUACGAGUGCUGCCGGCGCCGGAUUUCAUAUCCAAGGAGCUGCUGGCCUUCGUCCGGGUGUUCAAGAUGAGCGCCGAGCAGCUGGAACACUGGUGCAGCGACUUGGAGCGGGCGGGUGACCUGCUGCACAUCGACUGUGCUUUGGAGACGGAUCACGAGACGCGCACCUGGCAGUUCCUGGAGGACAGGCUGAAGCUGCUCUUGGCCGUUUUCGAUAAGGAAUUGCGGGAGGCCGACGAGCUGAAGGAGCUGUCUGAGCUGGAACUGAAGGAGGAGGGGAAACCUGUCCAGGAGAUCGAGCUAAUGCUGUUGCAAUACCGCCGCCUGGAGAGGAGCAUCCUCGCCGGAGCUCUGCAAUACGCCCAGGAGCAUCGCAAGGUUUAGGGACUUUUAAGCCCCCGCAUUGGAGCACAUCACCCACAUAAUUCGAGUGGCCAUCGAAAGCGAGAUCAAUAACUCAGUCUAGCAUUAGCAAUUCACAUUUUUUUUUUUAUCAUUAUUUAACUUAUUUAAAUCGAAAGUUUCUCUUUUAGUCGAGUGUUUUUGAAGUUGGAUACCAAAUUAAUUUAUAAACAAAUUCUACAACGAUCGAGAGUUGUACAUCGAGUUACGGAAUACUCCACUUGAUUCCACACUCACGUA